AUGAUUUUGGAGAUCGUCCCCCUGUACAGUCACAAGUUUUACAGCACACUGCUGAUAAUUAAAAACUUGGAUGCUUCCAAUAGGGGCUGUAAGUUGAGUGAACUUUUGCAGGAUGGCGAUAAAGAGGGAAUAGUCUGUGAAGACCCCGGGGUGGAGGGAAUUGAAGAGGACGCUGAACAACAACUCAGGGAAGAGCCCCUUGCUCCUAACGGUCAUGCAACGAGCAAAGAUCAGGGGGGCCCUCUUCCAAGGAAGACCUAUAAUUAUGACUACCUAAACAACAAGAAGGAUUUUUACGCAGAGGAAAAAGAUAAAAAUAUAUAUGUCCUUAUAAAUUGCGGAUGGGAUGAUCAGUUCUGCACGGAAGACGUGAAGAAUGUGUUGCGGGUGUGCGAAUAUGUGGACGUCCUGCUACUCACGAACCACAGCCUCAGCUACGUGGGGUGCGCACCGCUGGUUUUCCAGGAACUACAAAAGAGGAAGAGGAAAAUCCCAAUCAUAUGCCACGAGUAUGUCAAGGCGUACAGUAAAUAUGUCCUCCUCAGUUACUUCAAAUGUACGAAUAGUUGCAAAUUUUUUAAAUCUUUUAAAGAUGAUGAAUAUUUCAAAAUCGUGAACGAGCUCUUCUACAAUGUGACUUCGUUGGAGUUUAAAGAACAUUACACCUUUAAGAAAAUCAUAUGCCAAAAAAAAAAAACAGUAUGUAUGCUUCCCAUAUAUUUUAUAAAUAAUGGAGACAACAUAGGAUCGUCUGCAGUGAUUAUAAAAAUUUUCAAUUCAAAAAUAUUGUAUUCCGUGAAUUCACACAUGUCUGAUUAUUCCUUCAUAGAAAAAUCAGACGUGUUACAACAGACCAAUGUGUUCACUUACAUUGGCAACUUUCGUUACACAAAUAAGAAUCAUGCAAAAAUGGUAGACAUGAAAAUAAUUCUGGGCAUCAUCAACAAAACUAUGAAUAACCUCGGAUGUGUACUCCUCCCCGUGGAUAUCGACAGCGUUUUCCUGGAUCUUCUCUUCCACAUAAACGCUCUCCUGGAGGUGAGCAUGCAGAGAUACGUCCUCCUGUUCCUAUGCCCCUAUUCAGAAAACUUCACAAGGCUGCUGUUCGCUUCGCUGACCUACCUAAACAGCCACAUAAAAAGCAAUUUCCACAAAAACAGAGUAAAUAUUUUCAAAAUGAAAAAUCUAGUAUGUAUAAACAGCUACAGCGAUUUUAAAAAGUACGAAAAUGGGUAUUACAUUUUGUUUUCCUUCCCGGCGUCUCUGAACAACGACACGGUGAAGAAGAUUCUGUCGACGUUUCUCACGAGGAAGAAAAACGCAUUAAUAUUUACGAAGAAAUAUUAUGCUCCCAGUUUUUCGCAAAAAGUGUGUAGUCAUUAUUUCACGCAUAGAGAUAAAAUGACCAAACCAGAGCUAUCCUUCUGCUUCAGCCAACAUGUAAAACUCGAUGACGAAAAAUUAUAUGAAAUUUAUUUAAAGGAAAAAAAUAACAUCGAGAAAGAAGUCGUGCUGAGCAAAUCAAUUGGUAAAACAGUUAAGAAGAAGAAGGACAAGAUGAGAAAAAAAAAAAAAAAAUCAAAAUUCGUUUUCGAGUCUCAAGAAGAAAUGCUGUACAUAAAAAGGGAGGGUAACCUAAUCGGAAAGGCAGACAGAGGUGGAAUGGACAAGGUGAAGAGGGAGGGCACUGCUGGUGAACAACUUAUAAAAGAGGAGAAAUACAAAGGGGAGAGAAACGUUGGUGAUGAAACGGAGGACUAUGAUGACGAUGACGAUGGUGAAGAUUCCGACGAAGAAGAAGAGGAAGACGAAGAGGAUGACGAUGAUUAUGACGAGGAAACUGACGAAGAGGAGGAGGAAGAAGAAGUUGACGAUGAUGACGACGGAUCACACGAUCCGCAGAAGUACAACACGUACUACCAUUCAGACGAACAGGAAGAACAAGGAGUGGGCAAGGAUCCCAAAAUUCCGGGCCACCUGUAUAAACAUAGUGACAGCAAUGCCAGUGACAGUGACACCGAGAAGCACACAAGUGCCAAGCCAAGCGCUAACCACCAGAGGGAUAAACAUGAAGUUCAUUACCGUAGCGAUCUCGAUGAAGAAUAUUCACAAGAUGGAAUGGAACCUUCUAGAGGAAAAACACGAAAAGGAAGAAUCACCAUAAAAGAGGAAAAAAUAAACGACAAUGAAUAUACUAAAUUUUACAACCACCUUCUGAAGAAUGAACAUUCGGAUGAUCCAGACAACACGUACUAUCCGCAUAUGCACAAAAUUGGGAAUGUUAAAAAGGACCCCCACCAAAAAAAAGUAAGAAUAAAAGAAGAACCUGAAUCCAGUGAUGAUGAAACAUAUGAAGAUGAAAGUUAUGCCAUCAGGCAUCCACUUUCGAAACACAGAGACCACACAAAUAUGACGACCUCAUUUGUAAAAAAUGAGCAAAUAUUUACAAAUGAUCAGGAUAAUGAUUUAGACGAGAAUAACGAAGAAAAUAGUUCCACAAACGAUGAUGGAAAGGGAGCUUACGAAACGGUACACAUAUCAGAUUAUUACCAAGUAAACAGAAAAAAAAUGCGUGGAGAAAAAAGGAUUAGAAAAGGGAGCAACCUGUUAGAUAAUACUUACGAAGAAAAUAGCCAUUCCUCGGAAAUGCCAAAAAUGACAUGGAAAAAAAAACUAAUAAAAUAUUUAAAAACCAUUCCUACCACAGUUCAGGAAGAGAAAGUGUCCAUUCAGGUAGAUUGCUCUGUAAGAACAUUUAACAUGGAAAAUUUUAUUAACCAAAAUGCCCUUAACAGUAUAAUACAUCUGAUGAAGCCCCAGAAUUUUGUCCUCCUUCCAAGUUGCAAUAGUUUUUUUUCUUUUCAUUUGGAAAUGUUACUGCACGCAUCAAUACACUCCAUGGAUGAAAUAAAGUUCCACAGUUUUUACAUCCCCAAUUUUUCCAGCAGUGAAAACAAGAGAAGCAUUUAUUUGAGUCGAUACUUUUGUUCCAGUGGAAAAACUCUGGACUCGGUUAGCAUUCCUCUAAGUGUUCGUUACGAGAAUGUGUGCAUAAAAAAUAUCUACACGAUGAUCAACACGACCAAGGUUGCCGAUAACCAGUUGAACGUUUUUAAAAUUAAGGCCACCCUGAGUUCCACAAAGGGAGAACCGAAUUCGCAGAUAUGCGCCAGGAGGCGAAAACGGUUCAUCAACGAGCACAGCACCUUCUGGAGCGAAUUCAGUGAAGCGAAUUACUCCCUUGCGAUAGACAACCAGAAUGAAGGGACACAGGAAGGGGAAAAACAUACAAAGGAAGAAAAGGAAAGUCAAAAUCAAGGAGAACAAAAUGCCCCCAAUGAAACAAGCCAAAGUGCAGGUAAGGAAAAGCCGAAUGAGAAGAAACCCUUUUUGGAUUACUACAUGGAUGAUGAGGUAGCCAGCAGAGGAGAAACACAGGAGGAUGAAGAUCAACCUCAUGCAGGCGAAUCAUCAGACGACUCUGACGCUUCAUCCGGAAUACGGGACAUCCUCUCGAAUGAAGACAACACGAAUGAAGAACACAUCCCCAGUGGUAGUAUCUACAUCGGUGAAGUAAGCAUGAAAAAUUUAUCCCAUACAGUAAGUACCACAUUUAAAAGAUGCUUAAACUUUACACAAGAAAAUCAAAUCAUAAUUGACGGGAAGACAUUCGUUAAGAAGGAGGAAAGGGACAUAGCAACACGAGGACCGAUGGAUGAAAAAAAAGUUGAGAGAACAAAAAGAAACAUCGUUUGGAAAGUUCACAGCUCCCUAGACCCGUCAUUCUACUUUCUGCGGAACGUUUUGAAGGAUAUGUACAACCAUGUUUCUAUAUGA